AUGGCGCCCAUAGACAUUGACGACGCCCUCUCCAAGCUCGACGUGAGCGAAAAGGUCGAGCUGCUCUCUGGCAUCGACUUCUGGCACACCAAACCCAUCCCCCGCCUUGGCAUCCCCUCGAUCCGCACCUCGGACGGCCCCAAUGGCGUGCGCGGCACCCGCUUCUUCAACGGCGUCCCCGCCGCCUGCUUCCCGUGCGGCACCGCCCUCGCCGCCACCUGGGACCUGGGGCUCAUCGAGGCGGGCGGGACGCUCAUGGGCCGCGAAGCCAUAGCCAAAGGCGCGCACGUCAUCCUCGGCCCGACGACCAACAUGCAGCGGUCCCCGCUCGGCGGCCGCGGCUUCGAGUCCUUCAGCGAGGACCCGCACCUCGCGGGCAUGAUGAGCGCCGCCACGGUGAGGGGCAUCCAGGAGACGGGCGUGGCCGCCACCAUCAAGCAUUUUGUGUGCAACGACCAGGAGCACGAGCGGCAGGCGGUGGAUUCCAUCGUGACGGAGAGAGCUCUGAGGGAGAUUUAUCUGAUGCCGUUUCAAAUUGCCCAGAGGGACGCGAAGCCCGCGGCGUAUAUGACGGCGUACAAUAGGGUCAAUGGCUGUCAUAUGAGCGAUAACAAGGAGAUUCUGCAGGGCAUUUUGAGGGAUGAGUGGGGGUUUGAGGGCAUGGUUAUGAGCGAUUGGUUCGGCACCUACACGUCGGCCGACUCGGUCAACGCAGGUCUCGACCUCGAAAUGCCCGGCCCGCCCCGUGUACGCGGCAAGCAAACCCUCAUCGCCCACAGCGUGCGCAGCAUCAGCGACGAGACCAUCGACGCCCGGGUGCGCAAAGUCCUCGAGCUCGUCAACCGCGUCGACAAGCUCAACAUCCCGGAAAACGCGCCCGAGAAGACCAUCGACACGCCCGAGACGGCGGCGGCGUUGCGCCGUCUGGGCGCCGCCAGCAUCGUGCUGAUGAAGAACGAGAACGGCGUCCUCCCCUUCAGGAAGGACAAGUCCCUCGCCGUCAUCGGGCCCAAUGCGAAGAUGGCCGCGUACGCGGGCGGCGGGUCGGCGAACUUGCUUCCCUACUACGCCGUCACGCCCUACGAUGGAAUCCGCGCGCAGAAGGAAGACGUGAAGUACGCGCUGGGCGCCGUGGGCUACCGGAGCCUGCCGGUGCUGAGCCAUCUGACCAAGACGAAGAAGGACGGCAAUCCCGGGCUGACGGCCAAGUUCUUCACCGCGCCGCCGACGGACGCUGGGCGGAAGCCUGUGGACGAAGUCGCGGUCGAGGCGUCGGAUAUCCUGCUGUCCGACUACAAGCACCCGGCCAUCACGAGCGACACCUUCUGGAUGGACCUGGAGGGCACGCUGACGCCCGAGACGAGCGGGGAGUACAUCUUCGGGGUGUCGGUAUGCGGCACGGCCAAGCUGUUCGUCGGCGGCGAGCUGGUCGUCGACAACACGGAGAACCAGCGCCAGGGCGACACCUUCUUCGGCUCGGGCACGGUCGAGGAGACGGGCACGAUGAAGCUCGAGGCCGGCAAGACGUACGACGUGUACCUGCAGUUCGGCUCGAGCACGACGUCCAACAUGAAGACGCCCGGCGCCACCGUCAUGGCGGGCGGCGGCGUGCGCGUCGGCGGCACCCUCGUCACCGAGCCGCAGGCUGAGAUUGACAAGGCCGUCCAGCUGGCAAAGGAGGUGGACCAGGUCGUCAUCAUUGCCGGCCUCAACGGCGACUGGGAAUCCGAAGGCUACGACCGGCGCCACAUGUCCCUCCCGGGCCACACCGACGCCCUCAUCGCCGCCGUCUGCGCCGCCAACCCCAGCACCGCCAUCGUCCUCCAAUCCGGCACGCCCGUCGCCAUGCCCUGGCUCGACGCCGCGCCCGCCCUCCUGCACGCGUGGUACGGCGGCAACGAGACGGGCAACGCCAUCGCCGACGUCGUCUUCGGCGGCGCCAACCCCUCGGCCAAGCUCCCCCUCACCUUCCCCGUCCGCAACGAGGACAACCCGGCCUUCCUCAACUACCGCUCCGACCGCGGCCGCGCCCUCUACGGCGAGGACGUCUACGUCGGCUACCGCUUCUACGACAAGACCCGCCGCGCCGUCCUCUUCCCCUUCGGCCACGGCCUGUCAUACACCUCCUUCGCCUUCGCCCCGCACUCCCUCCACAUCGACGACCCCGCCGACCCCGCCGACCCCACCAACGCCACCAUCACCCUCUCCAUCACCGUCCGCAACACCGGCCCCGUCCCCGGCGCCCAAGUCGUCCAAGUCUUCGUCGCCCCGCGAUCAUCAACCUCGACGAUCGGCCGCCCCGUCAAGGAGCUCAAAGGCUUCGCCAAGACGUCGUCCCUGCCGCCCGGUGCCGAGGAGCGCGUCGCGGUGCAGAUGCGCAAGAAGUACGCGGCGGCCUAUUGGGACGAGCUGCGGCGGGCGUGGUGCGUCGAGAGGGGGGUGUAUGACGUGUUGGUUGGGGAUAUCAGCGGCGGCGGUGGUGGUGGUGGUGGGGAUGGGGAGGAGGUUAGGGGUGAGUUUGAGGUGGGGGAGACGUUUUGGUGGAGGGGGCUUUGA